CUCACUCUAAAAUUUUUACCUUCUCUAGAAAAUUCACACUCUUGUCUUUCUUUCUCUUUCUAGGCAGGCAACUCCCAUGGCUGGUUUCUUGAGAGCUGUGUGUUAUUCUCAGGUUCUGGUAUUUUUACUCUCCAUCACCUGCUCAGCAGCCAAAGAAUUCUUGGUUGGAGGCAAGACCAAUGCGUGGAAGAUCCCAUCUUCCCAAUCCGAUUCUCUCAACAAAUGGGCUGAGAGCUCUCGCUUCCUGGUCGGCGACUCUCUCGUGUGGACAUACGACAAAGAGAAAGAUUCAGUGUUGAAGGUGAGGAGGGAAGCAUACAUAAGCUGCAACACAUCAGACGCCAUUGAAGAGUACAACGGCGGGAACACCAAGGUGUCGCUGGAUAAAUCUGGGCCUCACUAUUUCAUCAGUGGGGCUGAAGGGCACUGCGAGAAGGGGCAGAAGGUCAUAGUGGUGGUGCUGUCUCAAAGGCACAGGUUGGUUGGCGUUUCUCCUGCCCCUUCUCCCUCCGAGGUAGAGGGUCCUGCCGUGGCUCCCACUAGCGAUGCUUCCAGUUUCAAGGCUGGGUAUUUGGUGGCUUUAGGGGUUUUGGUAGGGUUUGUGUGGAUGUAGGGAUUUGGGAAUUGAUUCAUUUGAUUAUGGAAGGUGGGGGGAGUUUGGUCUAAAUUUUUUGUUGAAAUUAUUUAAUUUUUUUGGUUGCCUUUUUUGGAUGUGGGCUUUCUCAUGAUAUGUAGUUGAGACUAAUUCAUUGAUUAUUUUAUUUAUUACUCA